AUGGCUACCAACGGCGACAAGUUCGGCAACGAUAUCGUCGAGUCCGACUCGGGCUCCGACAACGAGUCUCACGUCGACCAGCACGAGUCCGACAACGAGGUCGAGGCCAAGCCGCGCAAGUCGGCCCUCAAGAAGGCCCCCGCCCCCGUCGUCCAGAGACCUCCUCUGCCUCCCCAGACCGACCCCAAGGACCUCGACGUCAAGACCCUCAGCCCCCUCACCCCCGAGAUCAUCGCGCGACAGGCCACCAUCAACAUCGGCACCAUCGGCCACGUCGCUCACGGCAAGUCGACAGUAGUAAAAGCCAUCUCGGGCGUCCAGACCGUCCGUUUCAAGAACGAGCUUAUCCGCAACAUCACAAUCAAGCUUGGUUACGCCAACGCCAAGAUCUACAAGUGCGACAGCCCAGCAUGCCCUCGCCCGACAUGCUACAGGAGUUACAAGUCCGAGAAGGAGGUUGAUCCCCCUUGCGAGCGCGAGGGCUGCGAGGGAACCUACCGUCUGUUGCGCCAUGUCUCCUUCGUCGACUGCCCCGGUCACGAUAUUCUCAUGAGCACUAUGCUUUCAGGUGCCGCCGUCAUGGACGCCGCUCUCCUCCUGAUUGCCGGAAACGAAUCCUGCCCCCAGCCCCAGACCUCCGAACAUUUGGCUGCCAUCGAGAUUAUGAAGCUCGACAAGAUCAUCAUCCUCCAGAACAAGGUCGAUCUUAUGCGCGAGGAGGCCGCCAAGCAGCACUACGAGUCUAUCCUCAAGUUCAUCCGUGGUACCGUUGCUGGAAAGUCGCCCAUUAUCCCCAUCUCCGCCCAGCUCAAGUUCAACAUCGACGCCAUCAACGAUGCCAUCGUCAACACCAUCCCCAUUCCUCCUAGGGACUUCUCCAUGGACCCCCAGAUGAUCGUCAUUCGUUCCUUCGAUGUCAACAAGCCCGGUGCCGAGAUCGACGAGCUCAAGGGUGGUGUUGCCGGUGGUUCCAUCCUCCACGGUGUCCUCAAGCUCGGCGACGAGAUCGAGAUCCGUCCUGGUAUCGUCACCCGUGACGACAAGGGCGACCUCAAGUGCACUCCCAUCUUCAGCAGAAUCGUUUCCCUCAACUCCGAGGCCAACGACCUCAAGUACGCCGUGCCCGGUGGUCUCAUCGGUGUCGGUACCCGCAUCGACCCUACCCUCUGCCGUGCCGAUCGUCUCGUCGGUUUCGUCCUCGGUAAAAAGGGCCGCCUCCCCGAGAUCUACUCCGAGAUCGAGGUCAACUUCUACCUCCUCCGCCGCCUUCUCGGUGUCCGCACCGCCGACGGCAAGCAGGCCAAGGUCGACAAGCUCGCCAAGAACGAAGUCAUCAUGGUCAACAUUGGUUCCACCUCCACCGGUGCCAAGGUGUCCGCCAUCAAGAAGGAUGCCGCUAAGCUUAUCCUCACCUCCCCCGCCUGCACGAGCAUCGGCGAGAAGGUUGCCCUUUCCAGACGUAUCGAGAAGCACUGGCGUCUUAUCGGUUGGGCCACCAUUGCUGCCGGUGUUACCCUCGAGCCUUCCACCUCUUAA